UAUAUAAUAAGAGCACCAAAACUCUUCCUCAAUACCAAAACAGCUUAAUUUGGCAGAUGGUUUUCUUGAGCCAUCUUGUGGUUUCCAGAAAUGAAAUAAUCCUCACAACUUAAAAUCAUGGCAUCCAAAGAAGAAAAAACACUUUCUUUCAUCCCAAUUAUACUCAUUCUCUUGUUGGAUUCUUCAGCUUCAGCAGCAACAUCAGGACAAGAAGCAGAAGCACUUCUGAAUUGGAAAGCUAGCCUUGACAACAGCACAAGUCUCUCCCUCUUGCCUUCAUGGGUUGGAAACAGCAUAUGCAAUUGGGAAGGAAUUGCUUGUAACAAUUUUGAAAGCAUAACACAAAUAAACCUCACUGCUUCUGGCUUAAGAGGUACACUUCAUGCACUUAGUUUCUCAUCUUUCCCAAGUCUCAUGAGCCUUAACCUGAGCCACAAUGCGAUUUUCGGAACAAUCCCGUUGGAGAUAGGGUUUUUGAAAAGCCUUCAAAUCCUUGAUCUUGCUGGAAACAACAUCAACGGGUCCAUUCCACAUGAAGUUGGAAUGUUGGGCAACUUAACCAUUCUGUCCCUCCAACAAAACAAUCUCUCUGGAAAUCUCCCUACAGAAAUAUGCAUGCUGAAUUCACUCAGUGUGAUCAAUGUAGCGUUUAACAGUCUCAUGGGUUCGAUUCCAGAAGCAAUCGGAAACCUGUCCAGCUUAACUGUUCUUGCCCUUCAACUCAACAAUUUCUCCGGCGCAAUUCCUUCCACUAUAGGCAACCUGAGUAGCCUCAAGGAGAUGUAUUUGAUGGGAAAUCAAUUAAUUGGAAAUAUCCCACCUGAAAUAGGAAAGCUCAAAUUUCUUACUCAUUUGGGAUUGGUGGAUAAUAAACUCAAUGGCUCUCUUCCUUCAGGACUGAAUAAUUUUACAUUUUUGAAGCAGUUGUUUUUUAGCAACAACAACUUUUCUGGCAGCAUUCCCCACGAUAUAUGCAUCAGCGGAGUCCUUGAACUGUUUACAGCACACAACAAUCAGUUGACAGGCCCCAUGCCUAGAAGCUUGAGGAACUGCACCAGUUUAGUUAGAUUGAGGCUUGAGAGGAACCAGCUGACAGCAAAUAUAGCUCAAGAGUUUGGCAUUUAUCCGAAACUAAUUUAUGUCGAUUUAAGUUACAACAAAUUCUAUGGAGAGCUUUCAGAAAACUGGGAGCGGUGCCAAAACUUACAAAGCUUGAGGCUCGGCAACAACAGAAUUUCCGGGGAGAUACCUCGGUUUAAGGGAUCAAUUCAGCUCCAUGUGCUUGACCUAUCUUCGAAUAUUCUCACCGGGACAAUCCCAAAGGAACUAGGGAAGUUGACAUCCUUGUUCAACCUUAACCUAGGUGACAACAAACUUUCAGGCAGUGUGCCUUCGGAGAUUGGAUUGCUAACCAAUCUACAACAUCUUAACUUAGCAGCAAAUGAUUUCAGUGGACUAAUUCCGGAAAAAUUAGACGGGUGCAGAGAGUUGUUGAACUUGAACUUGAGCAAAUUUAAUGAGAGCAUUCCUCUUCAGAUGGCAAGCAUAAACGCUCUUCAAGUUCUCGAUCUCAGUCAAAAUUCACUGAUGAGUGAAAUCCCACCACAACUUGGAAAUUUGAUGAAGUUGGAAACCUUGAAUCUCUCCCACAACAAGCUCUCUGGUUCGAUCCCAUCUAUGUUCGAUAACAUGUUGAGCUUGACAGUUGUGGACAUGUCAUACAAUCAUUUGGAGGGUCCUCUUCCCAACAACAAAGCGUUCCAUAAGGCCUUGGCUCUAGCUUUUGCGAAUAACACAGGCUUGUGUGGCAAUGCCACAGGUUUGAAUGUUUGUCCGUCCGAAACAAGAGGGGAGAAAAAGAGCAGCAAAUCGGUUAUCUUCACUGUAGUCCUUAUUUUAGGCAUCCUGUUGUUUGUAUUUGUGGUAACCGGGAUUCUUUGCGUGGUCUGCUAUCCACGAAAAGUGCAAAAUGAAGACCAGUUUGCGAUUUGGAGUUAUGAUGGAAGACUUGAGUAUGAAGACAUCAUUGAAGCCACAGAGGGAUUCAACUCCAAAUAUUGUGUGGGGGUGGGAGGCAAUGCAAGUGUUUAUAAGGCUGUGUUGCAAACAGGCCGGAUUGUUGCAGUGAAGAAACUCCACAUGCUACAGGAUAGUGGAGUGGCAAACCUCAAGGCUUUCGAAAGUGAGGUUCGUACUCUAUCAGAGAUUCGUCACAGAAACAUUUUGAAGCUUUAUGGUUUCUGUUCGCAUCCGCAGCACCCUCUUUUGUUGUAUGAUUUCGUAGACGGAGGAAGCUUGCAAAAGAUACUGACCGACGAAAACCAUGCAGUUAAGUUUGGAUGGAUUGAGAGGGUGAAUGCUGUGAAGGAUGUUGCUAAUGCAUUGUUGUAUAUGCAUCAUGAUUGUUCACCUCCGAUAUUACAUCGAGACAUUUCAAGUAAGAACAUCUUGCUAGACUUGGAAUAUGGAGCUUAUGUUUCCGAUUUUGGUACAGCUAAGCUCUUGAAUCUUGAGACUUCAAAUUGGACUUCAUUUGCAGGCACAUUCGGAUACAGUGCUCCAGAGUUAGCAUACACGAUGGAAGCAAAUGAGAAAUGUGAUGUUUAUAGCUUUGGAGUGGUAGCACUAGAAAUGAUCAUGGGAAAGCAUCCCGGAGACCUCAUCUCCUAUUUUUUGUCAUUUUCAUCAACAUCAACACCUGAACCUAUACAACUGAACGAUGUCUUGGACAAGAGGCUCCCGCCUCCGGGAAAUCAUGUUGUGGAAAAAGUGAUCACUGUUGCAAACCUUGCACAUGCGUGCUUGCGAACGAAUCCACAAUCUCGACCAACCAUGCGACAAAUUUCCCAUGAGUUGUUAUUUUGAAGGACCUUUUUGGCCAAAGAUGUUUGAAAUGAUUAGCUCAUGAUUCUUGAUUAGGAAUCUAUGUUAUCUUCUUUCAAUGUAAAUCUUCAUAUGUUUAAUGUAUUUACAAUAGCUCUUUGAAAUAUAAGUUACAAUGUAGUCUUCACAUCUUAUGGGAUGAAACAUUGACUCAGAAAACCGUACUUCACUGCUUA